AAUGUAGCGUGCAGUGCAUCCGUGUUCGUCGGCGCACGUGCGUGCGUUCAUAGGUGCCGUGUCGUCGAAUCAAUGCAUGAAAGCAACACAGGGCUGAUUGUCUAAGAGCAAGAUCAAAUGGUCAGCUUCGCAAGCGCCCUGGUGGCCUGCAUUGGGGUCAUAGCUGCGGGCUACGCCGCCGGCCGCCUCAAGAUCAUCGACACGAAAGGCGCGGGGCCCGCAGCGAUUGGCGCCUUCGUCGGCCGGUUCGCGCUGCCGGCGCUGCUGUUUCGCGAGCUCGCGACGCUGCGCUGGAAGGACAUCGACGGGCGGCUCCUGGCGUCCGUGGCCGCGGCGAAGGCGUUGUUGUUCGCGGGAGUGCUCGGCUGCUCGACGCUGCUGGAGAGCCGGCGGGCGGGCGACGACCAGUGCACAAAUUAAAUUUCGCGGCGCCGCGUCGCGCUGAGAAAUGCUCAGUUUGUGAAGAAUUAUCGGGUGCACCCGACUCACUAGUUGAUUUGCACAGGCGACGACCGCGACUUCAAACGCCUCGUGGCCGCGUCGGCAUCGCGGGCGAUAUUUUGCACGCAGUCCAACGACUUCGCCCUUGGCCUGCCGGUGAUCCAGGCGCUCUACGGCGGCGACGAGGGCCGGCGCAUGGUGGCCAUGCUCUACUUACUCGCAUCGAUCAGUGCAUGAAUCAAAUUGCGCGGCGCUUCUCGCCCACGGCUCAAUCAUGACCUCCACGCUAUCGACGCGAUGCCUGCUCGAUGGCGUGGCGAUGCCGGUUCCUCACCGCUCGAACGGAGCCAGCACGGCGGCGUCAUCGCCGAGAAAUGACUUAGUGAAGAAUUAUCGUGCACCCGACGCACUGAUUGAUUUGCGCACAGGCGCCGAUCUCGCUCGUGCUGCUGAAUCCGAUCGGUUUCCUGCUCAUGGGCCUGUACGAGCCGGACGAGGGGCGGUCAGGGCGGAAGGAAACGGUCCGGCGCGUGCUGAAGCGCGUCGCGACGACGCCGCUCGUGGCUUGCACGGCGCUCGGCGCUUUGUACGGCCUGGCCCUCGGGCCGGACGCGCUGCCGGCCUUCGCCGACGGCUUCCUCGGCAUCCUGGGCGCCGGAUUCACGCCGACCGCUCUGUUCUUCACGGGCCUGUCGCUGGUCGGCCGGGUGACGCCCGAGACGGACCUGCUGGUGCCGCUGGCUCUAUCAUUCGGCAAGUGCGUCGCGCUGCCCGUCGUUAUUUACGCGAUCCUCGACGUGGCCGGCGCGGACGCGCUGUCCAAGGGCUUUGGGUUCGUGGUGGGCGCGAUCCCGACGGCGCCCUCGGUCCUCGUCUACACGAACGAGUACCUGCGCCACGACGAGGCCCUCGUCGCCAAGACGUCCGUAGCAUUGGUCGUGUGCACCGUCUUCUCCACCCCAAUCAUCUUCGCGGCCGGCCUCGCGGCGCGGUCCGAAAGUAUGGCGACGGCCGCCGACGCCGAGGUCGCCGACGCCUUCCUCUGCGUGCCGUCGGCGCUCCUCGCGACCUGGUGCCUAUGUUCCUUCGCAGCGACGUGGCGCGACGAGGGCACCGACGACGACCGCUUCGCCAUACUCUCGGUGAACGCCCUGUGCCACGCCGUCGGCGCUUUAUCCGCAGCGCUCUGCUCCGUCGCGUCCGGCACGGCGGGUGCCGCCGUCGUCGAGGUCGCGCGGCUCGCCUCCUGCGGCACGGCCGCCUGCGGAGCGCUGCUGCCCGCGAACGGCCCGAAGCGCCGCGGAUCGGCGCUGUUGACCGACGACGUCGCCGCGAAGACCUGGACUUCGGCGCAGCGUAUUUCGGCGUUCGCGUUCGCGGUCCUGGUGCCCGUCGCGGCGACGGUGGCCGUGGCCUCUCACGGGGGCACGGCACGAGACCGCUGCGGCGUCGCGUUCGGCGCGCCGCAGGAUGCGCUGACCUUCGUGUACAUGCUAGCCUGCGUCGGCGCCGCGUUAAUUGGCCUGCGGCGCGCGCGGACGGCCGCGGACCGGCGCUAUGCGUCGAAUCCCGACCUCGUAGCCCUCGCCGCCAACGCGGAAGGCAUCGCGUCGCCGCUCCGGAGCGACGGCGGCGAGGUCCCUACGGCGCCGCCGAGCCCACGCCUCUCGACGGCGAUCGGCCACCGCCUGCUUUUGUUCGUCCUGUUGCACGCCGCCGUGGCCUUUCUCGCCGCCGCCGCGUCGGCGUCGCGCCUCGCCACGCGCCGGAUGGCAGCCGUCGACGUGCUCGACCUCGUCGAGCGCACCGCGUCCUCCUUGAUGGGCGCAUUUCUGUUCCUGAUCUUUGGCCUGGCCAAGGACCAGGUUCUCGUGCGGCACAUCUCCGACGCCGUCGCGCGCCUGCGAGAGCCCCGGUCCCCGGCCCCUUCGCCUUCAGGCUUCACCGAGCAGUGGUUCUGAAUCUAAUUUUUGUGUCUACUC